AUGGCUGACAUGAAAGCGGCACUUUCUCAGCAAACUGACGAGAUAAAGAAAUUUGUUGGCAAUCAGCUGAAGGACAUUAAAAAAGAAUUACAGGAGAUUAAGUCGAGCCAAGAGUUUCUGGCCGCAAAAUAUGAGGAGCUAGUAGAGGAACUGGAUCGAAACAACAAGAAAACUAAGGCCCUAGAAGACAGGAACUCGGUCCUAGAAGCAAGCAACAUUGCGCAGGAGGAGAGAAUUAUUAACCUAGAGAAAUCACUAGAUAACCUCGAGCAGUAUGGGAGAAGGGACUGUGUGGAAAUCACGAACAUUCCCUGGAGUGACCAGGAAAAUCCAUCGACUAUAGUUAAGAAAAUUGCUACUAACAUGGGCCUGCAAAUGACUGACGGUGAUAUUAGCACCGCCCACCGGCUACCAAAACCGCGAUCUGGUGCAGCCCCUACAAUAAUAGUUAAAUUUACUCGCAGGGACAUGCGUACUGCAUUUUAUGCUAAAAGAAAACUGGCCGGCACUGCUGCAGAUCUAGGGUAUUCGGCUCACUCUAAAAUUUUUAUAAACGAGAGUCUCACCAGGGAACGCAGAAAAAUCUUUCAUGAGGUGCUAAAGUUCAAAAAGGAAAACGGAUACCGUUUCAUCUGGACACAUUUUGGAAAAAUUUUCAUUAAAAAAUCGGAGAGCAGCGAAAGACUGGUCAUCAACGCGGUUGACGAUUUGAGGUCCCUGUAG